UCGAAAUUGCGGAUUUUGUUGGACAUCUGAAAUAAUACUCAACAUUUCGUGGAUUUGGAGGAACUAUUCAAAGUCUUGCAGCUAUGAAGCUGUCAAAUUCCUCCAGUGUCCCUGUGUACACUAUAUCCGGUUCCUCAACCGCCAGACCGCUUCCAGAAUGGCUUGCUAGAAAACGGAAGCGAAGCCUCAAGAAAGACCCAGAAUACGCCAACAGGGUUGAGCUUCUCCAAGACUUCGAGUUCGAGGAAGCCAGUCAAUGUAUCCGUGUUAGUGAGGAUGGUCAAUGGGUUAUGAGUACCGGCACAUACAAGCCGCAGAUACAUACCCAUUACCUACCGCAUUUAUCGCUCUCCUUUGCUCGUCACACCGUUUCCUUGAAUACCACAUUUCUACUAUUGUCGUCAGAUUAUUCAAAAUCCUUGCACCUACAGGCAGAUCGAUCAUUAGAGUUUCAUACUCCCUCGGGUUGCCACUACACCACCCGAUUGCCCAGGUAUGGUCGUGACUUGAUAUACGACAGACAAUCAGCGGAAGCGCUCAUACCAUCCGUCGGUGUUAAUCAAGAUGGCAUGGGCGAAGUGUAUAGGCUGAAUUUAGAACAAGGGCGGUACAUGAAAUCCUAUGAAGUUGAGGUUGGUGGUGAUGACUUUUCUUCUGCUGGUGGCGGAGCCCUGCAAGGGGGAAUCAACACUGGCAGCGUGAACACUGCCGCAAUUGCUGAAGAGAGUCACAACCUUCUCGCGUUCGGAACAUCCAUUGGAACUGUGGAGCUAUGGGAUCCGAGAGCUAGAGCCAGGGCAGGCAUUUUGGUCCCACCUUCGGACUCCCAGCUUAGCGAGACUAAAUCAGAGAUCACCGCCCUUGAAUUCCAUCGAUCUGGAUUGACGCUCGCUACUGGGUCUUCCCAAGGCCUUGUGCACCUGUUCGACCUCCGAUCCCCAACACCGCUCUUGAAAAAGGACCAAGGAUAUGGAUAUCCGAUCCACACCAUUAAUUUCCUCACUCCAACGAUUGCAACGCGUGAACAAACCUUGGAGCCCAAGAUCCUCACUUCAGAUAAGCGGAUUAUUAAGAUAUGGGACGCUCGGGAUGGAAAGCCCUGGACCUCCGUGGAACCGGCAGUUGAUAUAAAUAGCGUGGCCUGGUGUAAAGACAGCGGUAUGCUUCUAACUGCCAACGAAGGGCGACAGCAACACGCAUUCUUUAUUCCCCAGCUUGGACCCGCCCCGCAAUGGUGUGCGUUCCUAGAUAACAUUGUGGAGGAAAUGGCUGAGGAUCCCAACGAUCCUCACGCCUUUACUGGCCAAGCGGGCUCUGUUUAUGAUAAUUUUAAGUUCUUGACAGUCCAACAACUACGGAGUCUCAACCUGGACCAUUUGAUUGGCAGAACUACGCUUUUACGGCCCUACAUGCAUGGAUACUUCGUUGCGCAAAGGCUAUACGAGGAGGCGCGGUUAAUUUCCAAUCCGUUUGUUUGGGAAGAAGAAAGAGCGAAACGGGUGAAGGAGAAAAUCGAUCAAGAACGCGAAAGUCGGAUCCGGGGCAAAAAGAAGAUCUCGGUGAAGGUGAAUAAGAAACUUGCGGAGAAGUUUCUUGAGAGAGAAGACCGGAAUGAGCGACGACGAGCUCAGCGUGUUCUGGAGCAUGGCGGUGAUGAGGAAAUGGCCGAUGCUGCUGAAGCUAAGCCUUCUCAACCCAGCCGCUCAGACAACCCGCUUACCGAUUCUCGAUUCGCUAAGCUGUUCGAGGAUGAAGACUUCGCUGUCGAUGAGACAUCGAGGGAAUUCCGUGAAUUAAACCCAAGCACUGCGGUUACAACUACUGAUCCCAGACCGGAGAGAGGGUUAACUGCCGUCGAAGAGGAGGCUAUUGAUGAGGUGCCUGCAUCUAGCUCCGAGGAUGAUGAGUCGAGCGAAGAUGAAAAGCCGGCCAAAGCCAAGGCUUCUGGCCGCAUAUCUACAGUCUCCUACAGAAAGACCAAGCGUCCUCCACGGAUGCAAGUAUCAUCGUCAACUAAAACUACUCAAGCGCGUGAUAGGUCCUUUGAGUCAAGGGUACAUAAGUCACGAACGAAAGAGCGCCCGUCCAAGAAUACUGCAGUGGGAGAAAAGAUAGUCACAUUUGCCCCCCAGCCAAAAUCUCGCCCCAAGCCGGCAAUUGUCCCUGAAAGUAAUGGAUCUUCGAAACACUCAAAGGAUCGUAGGAGCGCAUCGGGCAACACGUUCCGUAGAAUGUGAUUGGAAACGAACGGCUGUGUGCAUCGUUUGUGCAUAAUCUGGCAAUAUAUUUCUUGUGUGGGAUAAUGUUAUAUGAUAUUACAUUAUGUAACAUGGGGUCAGAUUUUCACCUUGGGAGGCAAAACAGUCCUGCGGUGAUGGACGUAGCUGAUGCUUUGGAAGAUCCGAGCAGCUUCGCCCCAUAGUUCCUGUCGCAACACGGCAUACACUCCCAUCUUCGCCUUGGGUGCCCACUUUCGUGCGGUUUCAAUGGCGGCAUCCAGCAUAUCCCCUGGUUCGGCUAUUUGAUCUACAAUUCCGUCCGCCAGCGCCUCUUUCCCUGUCCAUUUAUGUGCUUCUAGCAACAUCCUUCGCGCAAUUUCUGGACGGAGUUUCAGAUGUGCUAGGGAUCCGAUUCCAGGAAAGUGAACGCCGAUGUUAACGGGCGGCAUGGAGAAAAAUCCACGGCGGGAGUUCAUGAUUCGAUAGUCGUGCGCAAGGGCUAGUGGACACGCUCCGCCAAAUGUAUGCCCGUUCAGCAGGGCUAUUGUUGGAUAUGGGUAGUCGAGAAGCGUAUGUAGGAGCUGGCAUCGAAUAUAGGAUUAGUCGGAGGGAAAUAUCAUAUUCGUCACCGCUUACGGUGCUGGCUAGGGAGGUGAACUAACCGGAAAGUAGCCGUCUGUAUUUGAGAAAGGGUUCCUCUCUGCUUCAUCCAGAUCCAAGCCCUAUUGCAAUCAACAAAUACAGCUCGUUUUUAAGUUAGACUUCUCCAUAGUUGCUAAAUCGCAAAACUUUUUUUCAAAGCAGUAGAUAUUGCUAAAUCAAACAAUUUACAACGCAUAUCUCAAAAUAAAUAAGAACCGCAGUUCUCCAGCCAUUCCAUUCUAAAUUCCACCCGAAAAGCACUAACCGUACUCCAAAACUUCUCCCCCUCCCCCCGUAUAAUCACCGCCGCGCCUACCCCAGCUCCUCGCUCGUCCUUCCCGGCAGCGUCAACCAUGCGCUCCACAUCUCGCAAAGCGCGGAUAAUCUCCUGCGCAAAGGCGGUCGCAAUGCGAUUCUCGGGAGCCUUUUGGAGAGUAAUCAGGUAUAUUUGGGGGUCGUCCUUUGCAGUCGAUGAGUUGGACGGGGCGUUCGGGAUGCGGGAAAGAGUGAGGUUUCGGUACGUCAUGAUGCGGCUACUGUGACGGUAUUUGGCAAAGGGUAUUAUUAUUGGUGGGCAAGUCACUAAGAGCAAGAGAAGCACAAUAUAUCAAAACAAAGAAUGCACCGGCUAUUCUCUGCAAUUGUGUUUUUUAAUUGUUUGAUGUCGAAGUUGAUGUGUCGGCCAGUGAGUGAGUUACGGGAUCGAUCCAUGCAAUAUUUAAAUAAUGAACCUCGGCGCGGAUCUAAAUAAGUUCAUUCUUCAGCUGUCAACAACAACCGUAACCGCUCAUCCUCAAGUCAAUAGAUGCAAUUGAAACCUCGCCUCCAUAAUGAAUACGCUAAAAUGUGUUCCUGUUUAACAACAUUUAGCCAAACUAUUUAUGGUGAAUAGAAUUAGAUGCAGAAAUAGCCAGGAAACUCAAUUUUUGUCACAUCAUAAAACGGGUAUUCAUACAGCGAUUCUGACACCAGGCUUUUUCUAAGCUUCAACACCAGCUCCCUUUGGUGCUGCCACCACGGCGUGGUGGAGCGGCUUCAGUUCCCCUGCUUUUCCCUUGGCCUGACUGGGCACCUUUUCUCCGAAAACUUCUAAACUAUCAUGUCCAGGGUAUGGCUCCGAGGGAACAGGUUUCCCAAGGAAUUCACACAGAGGAUUCCACCCUUCCUUGAUAUCAUAUAUCAACAGCUUGUCUUUUGGUACGAGCUCGCAGAUUUCAUUGAAAUGGGUCUUGAAUGCCGCCUUUGCCGUAUUUAAGAAAUCGCCUCUAAAGAAAGCAUACAAAAUUUUAUCCCGCAACAUUUUUGCAGCUAAUUUCUGCGGAUCUUCAAUAUCAGGAUUCACUUUACUUUCUUUUUGUUCUUGGGCCAUCUUCGCUUUGAUGAGCUUGGCCCAGGACCUGGUUACGCAAAGGAACCCAGCGGUGACUUACAUGUACCAUUCAUCAACAUCACGCGUGUUCAGGAUUACCUUUGCCUCCGGGUAUGCCUUAAUCAACUGUGGGGCAAACGCACAACAUGGGCGCCCAACAACAGCCUAGUUACCAGCAGCUGAGUGUCAGAUGGGCAUCACCAAAGAAUUCCAUUGUGAUCUCUGUUUCUCACCUGGCAGCCUUCGAAUAAACGAUCAAAAUCCCCCUUCUUGAAGGUCUCUUUCCCUUCAAAUACUGUGUCAAAUGCUUCGAGCCAUGCUUGUGUAUCUCGUGUUCGGUCAUUGAUAGAUGACGUGAAAUAGUAUAUGUCAUGAUAUCCCAGCAUCCCUAGGGCAGCGUGGAUCGCUGCACAGAUGAGACUCCGUUAGCACGCGAUCACAUUCGACAGUACGAUCUUAACGCACAAUUUGCCCCUGCUCUUGGAGGCCCAAGACAGAGCACUUUCACGGGCGCCACCCGAGCCCGACUCGGACCACCAUUGGCUGCAGCAUAACCCUCAAUCCCGUUCAUUGCAGUCGCGAUCAAAUCUUGUCCAAGGAAGGGAAUAAGUGGUAAUGGUGCGUUUUAUAUUAUUAUAUUAUUGCCAAUUUUAUCCAGGGUUGAUGUUUGAAAUACGAGGUGAUUUAAGGUUGAUUCUACCUGUUUUAAAAAGUGGGAAGGCGGAAUAUAUUUAUAUACAAGCAUAAUAUGGACAUACGCCAGGUGGCCACUCACCUCAAUUCUCCUACUAGACACUUUUAGGGGCGAUACAGAGUAGUUUAUUUUGAGGGUUGUAAGAUGGCACCGACAAGGAUUGACCACUGCGGUGGGGAAAUAUUCUUCUGACCCUUGUCACUUCAGGUUGAACAUGGCUCAACAUCCGUCCCGUGCACAAUUGCCAGUGUGUUCAUUACCUCAUACCAGAUUUAUGGUCGGAAAUAGUCAAAGGACGCUCUGUUGCAGGUCGCAAUGUCGUGUCGUUUGAGGGAAGAGGCGGCUCCAUGCGCGAAACGCGCGUGUCUGUUCUUCAACUGGUUCUUCAUGGCGCAUACACACCGCUCUCUUGGUUGACUUAACAGUCAAUAAUUAUUUUCGACGGAUUUCACGGAAACUGGAAGAAGCCAUAAAUGGUACCCGGCCAAGAAUACAGCCGCGGCUUUCAUUACCAAUACCGUUAGGAAAUCCGGGCCAAGUUACACCCCACAAGGAUUCAUGCUUCAAAACUUACUAUCGAGGGCGGGGUGGAUGGUUCAUUCUAUGAAAUGAUAUCUUCCAUGUCGGCCACUUUCGGCAUCGGUUUGCGUCGUUGGGGCUUUCGUAUUCAUACCCAGUUUACGAACAAGCGAGGAUGAAGAGGGAGCGCUGGAGAUUUCUUCAUGCAACUUCUUCGCAGUUACAACCGUUCAUAUAUUCACAUCACGCUAAAAUUUUUUCUGGGAGUUGUCUUGGUGCAUGUCAACAUGGCUUCUACCAGGAUGGAGUUAGCGGCGCGGCAUGUUCCAGUUUCUGACAUUGAAAAAGCCACACCCCCCUGGUAUAGUGACAUUUUCAUGUGCCAGAAAUUUAUUGUGGCGAUAAACUCCAUUAUUUCAACAGCAAGGGCGUAUUACUAGAAUGGAAGUAUUGAACCACCAUGGAUUUAAUACCUGGCCCUGAAUGAGACCGCCUCAUGAAUGAUGUCAAUUAUUCACUGAUCACCACAUCUCUACGUCCGACCGUCGAUCUCCCGUCCACAAAUUCUCCGGAUACUCAGCCAUGUCCAACGGUUUACUAUUAUUAAACCUAAAUGUAUCCACCGUAGGAGCAAUAUUGUUGUUGUUCUGCAAAAGUACGAUGUUGUUUUGUCGUACCUCGGUAUCAAAUCUCACUCAUAAAGCACCCACCCCUGUCGCCUUUUAACCGCGUCAUCUGUUGCAGUA